AUGAGUGUCCAAAUUUUUGGCGAUCAGGUUACCGAAGAGCGUGCUGAAAAUGCACGUAUGUCAGCCUUUGUUGGUGCCAUUGCAGUUGGUGACUUAGUGAAGAGUACAUUGGGUCCUAAAGGUAUGGACAAGCUGUUACAGAGUGCCUCUAGUGAGAAUUCACUUGUCACCAAUGAUGGUGCCACUAUCUUGAAGUCUAUUCCAUUGGACAACCCUGCCGCAAAGGUGCUGGUUAACAUCAGUAAAGUGCAAGAUGAUGAAGUUGGUGACGGUACUACUAGUGUCACUGUUCUAAGUGCAGAAUUGCUGAGAGAAGCUGAAAAAAUGAUUGAUCAGGCUAGAAUCCAUCCACAAACGAUUAUUGAGGGGUUCCGUAUUGCUUCCGCUGCGGCACUGAAAGCAUUGGACUCUGCUGCUGUGGAUAACUCUAGCGAUUCAGAGAAAUUUCACUCCGACCUAGUUCACAUAGCCAAGACAACUCUAUCUUCUAAGAUCUUGUCUCAGGACAAGGAAUACUUCUCCAACAUGGCGACGGAUGCCAUACUAAGACUAAAGGGUUCAACAAACUUAGAACAUAUCCAAAUUAUUAAGAUUUUAGGUGGGAAGCUAUCUGACUCAUUCCUGGACUCAGGUUUCAUCUUGCAGAAGAAAUUUGGUAACAACCAGCCAAAGAGAGUUGAGAAAGCCAAGAUAUUACUUGCCAACACGGCACUAGAUACAGACAAAGUUAAGAUUUUCGGAACAAAAUUUAAAGUUGACUCUACAUCCAAAUUAGCCCAAUUGGAGAAAGCGGAGCGUGAUAAGAUGGCCAGCAAGAUAAACAAGAUCUCUAAAUUUGGUAUUAAUACCUUCAUAAACAGACAAUUGAUCUACGACUAUCCAGAGCAACUUUUUACUGACAUGAACAUAAAUUCCAUUGAACACGCUGACUUUGAAGGUAUUGAGAGAUUGGCAUUAGUCACUGGUGGUGAAGUAGUCUCUACAUUCGACGAUCCUGAGAAGUGCAAAUUAGGUGAGUGUGAUUUGAUUGAAGAAGUUAUUAUUGGUGAAGAGACUUUCUUGAAGUUCAGUGGUUGUAAAGCGGGUGAAGCUUGUACCAUUGUACUAAGAGGAGCUACUGACCAGGUGUUAGACGAGGCUGAAAGAUCCCUGCAUGAUGCUUUAUCAGUGCUAUCUCAGACUACAAAGGAGACCCGUACCGUUUUGGGUGGUGGCUGUGCAGAAAUGAUUAUGUCUAAAGCCGUAGAUACCCAGGCCCAAAAUGUUGACGGUAAGAAGGCACUAGCUGUAGAGGCAUUUGCAAGAGCACUAAGACAACUACCAACCAUCUUGGCUGACAACGCAGGCUUCGACAGUAGUGAGCUUGUGUCAAAACUAAGAUCAUCUAUAUACAACGGGAUUUCCACGUCAGGCCUUGACCUUGACAACGGUACCAUAGCAGACAUGAGAGAACUAGGUAUUGUGGAGAGUUACAAGCUGAAAAGAGCCGUCGUAAGCUCCGCUUCAGAAGCCGCAGAAGUGCUGCUGAGAGUCGACAACAUCAUCCGUGCAAAGCCAAGAACCGCUGAUAGACAUAUGUAA